AUGAGUACAAUCAAUGGUGUCAAGAUGGUUAAGAGCAAGGACAUUGUCACCACCAACGGUGUUAUUCACUUAAUUGACCAAGUUCUGAUCCCUGAUUCAGCUAAGCAGGUUCUGGAACUUACUGGCAGCUCUCACACCACCUUCACAGACUUGAUUGCAAAGAUGGGACUGGCAGCUGCAAUGAGAGCAGAGGGGGAAUACACCUUGCUAGCGCCUUUCAAUGAAGCCUUCUCUCAUGAAGUGACAACCAUGGACCAGAGAAGCCUUAGAUUAAUUCUGGAGAAUCAUAUUCUGAAGUUUAAAGUUAUCUUGAGUCAACUGUACAAUGGACAGCGUCUAGAGACCCUUGGAGGAAAGUUUCUUAGGGUGUUUAUUUACCGAACAGUAAGUAAAAUACAACUUGCCUUACUAAACGUCUUCUAGUUAGAACUUACAGUA